AACGCGGAAGUUCGCAAAAACUGUCAGAGAGCGUCCACAAUCACAGUUGGUUUAAUGGAGCCGAAGUGAACGGGGAUGCUGAACGCGUCUUGUUUACUCUCUCGAUCUGAUGGUUAGAUCUGAUCUCAGGGAGCCGAGUAAACCGACCUCAGCGCAACGACCGGCAGGCGAUGCGUCUCUGAUGUGAAUUCAGGAGCUUUUACUUCUACCGCUUAUCUGCUUCAGCCCUUUAAAUCAGCAGCCGGGCUCCGGAGCCACAAUGAGCGCUGCAGCCAGUGAGGGUCAAGCGCCCCCCGUGUCUGAUGGAGAGCCGGAGGGACUCAGUGUAAAGGAUGUCAAUCGGUUGAUCAUGGAGUUCCUGAUGUUCAUGAUGAGAGCGAUUGUCCUGUGCUAUCCCGUAUACCUGACCGGCUCGCUCGGACUCAGCGUCAGUUGGAUUCUCCUGAGCAUGCUGAUGUGGACCAUGUGGAAAAACAACCGCAGGUGGAAAGUUCAGAGGAUCGAUACAGCCAUUGACUUUUUGGAAAACGAGAAGGACGUGAUCGGCACUGAACUCCAAGCCUUGAACAUGCCAGCUUGGAUUCAAUUUGCAGACGUUGAGAAGGCUGCUUGGAUCAACAAGAUACUUCAGCAAGCAUGGCCAUUCUUUGGCAUGUACAUGGAAAAACUUCUUAUUGAUAACAUUCAGCAAUCUGUAAGAACGUCCAGCUCUCAUCUGAAGACCUUCACCUUUACUAAAGUUCACAUGGGACAGAAGGCUCCGACUAUUACAGGGGUACGAGUCUACACGCAUGAGCUAGAAACAAGAGAGGUCAUCUUCGACUUUAACAUUAUUUACGAUGCUGAUGUAGACAUAGAUGCAGAUGUUAAACCGGCCAUCAAAGUAGGAGUCAAAGGCCUUCAGCUACAGGGAAUGCUACGCGUAAUUCUUGAGCCUCUGAUUGGCCAGUCACCCCUUGUAGGUGGAGUCACCAUGUUCUUCAUUCGUCGACCUGCUCUGCAACUCAAUUGGACUGGAAUGACCAAUGUUUUGGAUGGUCCAGGACUAAGUCAUAUGUCGGAAUCAGCCAUUGUGGAUAUCAUCGCCUCUCUCAUGGUUCUACCCAAUCGCAUGUGCAUCCCUUUGAUCGAUCAAGUCAAAGUUGACCAAAUGAAGUUUCCUCUUCCUCGAGGUGUUGUGCGGGUUCAUGUUUUGGAGGCCCGGGAUCUUGUAGCAAAGGAUACAUAUAUGAUGGGACUUGUAAAGGGCAAGUCAGAUCCAUAUACUGUGCUGAGGGUCGGAAACAAGCAAUUCAAAACAAAGACCAUUAAAGAAACUUUGAAUCCACGCUGGAAUGAAGUUUAUGAGUUUGUCAUUCAUGAAGCUCCUGGACAAGAGUUGGAGGUGGAACUUUAUGACGAAGACCCGGAUGCUGAUGACUUUUUGGGCAGAUACAGCCUGGAUUGUGGAGAUGUGAGGAAAGACAGAGAAUUAGAUAAGUGGUUUACCCUAGAGGACAUUGAGAGCGGUCAGAUACAUAUGAAAUUGCAAUGGUUUUCUUUGAACACAAAACCAUCACUACUGAAGGAGACUAGAGAUGGGCUCGCUUGUGCCAUGUUGGCUGUAUACUUAGAUAGUGCCUCUAACUUGCCUAAAGACCAACGUGAAUUCACCCAUAAUGAAAAGCAUGGAAAACCACCCAAAGAAUCUCGGCUCACCAAAAGAACUAAUGAUCCCAACUCAUACGUGGAGUUUUCCAUUGAUCCGCAAAGUCAAAAAAGCAAGGUUGUGUUUGGCUCGAAAGACCCGACAUAUGAUGAAUGCUUUACGUUCUUUGUACACAGUGUGAAUAACCAAGUGUUGAAUGUCGAGGUAAAAGAACAUGAGAAAAAGUCCUCACUGGGUAAACUCACUCUGCCGUUGGUCCGGCUGCUCAGUGCAUCUGAUAUGACCAUGGACCAGCGCUUUCAGCUUGAGCGCUCCGGAGCCAACAGCCAGAUCAAAAUGAAAGCUGUUCUCAGGAUUCUUACGUUGGAGAAACCAGUACCAAAGGUUGUCACUCCACCAAAUCAGGCUAAGGAAAAAGUCCCAUCUCCCCAAACUCGUCCUGAGCCUCAGACUCCAGCUCCAGUUACAGUUCAGCCUGUACAGAGCAACCCGAAAGAAAAAGUGCCUGUUUCCUCUGUCCCCCUCUCCAGAACACAGACCGCUCCUGCCCCUGUGCCAUCUUCAGUCAGCUCCUAUAAUGAGCUCCAAGCGGAACAUCCUCACUACCGACGAAGCACUUUUGUUGGCACAGAGGCGUUGCGUUCGACCCCCUCCACCCCCAGUCAAAUGCGCCGUUACGAUUCCCACAGCCUGUUGUCAGAGAACUCCAUAGCUUCUUCUCGCUUCGAUCUUACGGACAACGUCCCUUAUCCUGAGGCCAUCCUGAAUCAUCAGGGCAGCUUUGGGCAGAUUCAAAUCACAUUGCGUUAUGCCAACUUAAGGAAGAGGCUCAUUGUUAUUGUCAGCUGCUGCAAGGACCUGUUCUCCUGCAGCGAGAGCGGCUCUGAUACUUACGUCCGCAUGUAUCUGCUGCCUGAUCAGACGUGGAAGCACCGCAAGCGCACUCCGGUUAAAAAGAAGACCGUGAACCCUGUCUUCAAUGAGACAUUUGAGUUUGCCGUGUCAAUGGAGGAAGCAAGAACAAGAAAGUUGGAUGUUGCAGUAAAAAACAAUAAAAUGCUUCACAAAAGAGAGCGAAAGGAGAUUGGAAUGGUUUUGAUUGAUAUGUCUGAAAUGGAUCUGAUCAAGGGAUCCACAGAAUGGUAUGAACUCACUCUUCCUGGACUAAAGAAGACAAACUAGCAGAAUUAACUGAGCAGAUUUAAUAUUUGGUUAUAUUUUUUUUUUAUUUUUUUUAAUGAGUGAAAGCUAUCUAGAUGAGACAGACUAAGCACUUUGGCACUGACUUGGUGAUUUAAAUACAUAUAUGUAAUUAAAAACAAUAUCCAUUCCCUCAUCAUUUUGGGUCUCAUUGCUUUCAUUGACCUCAAGCUAUAUAUAUAUAUAUAUAUAUAUAUAUAUAUAUAUAUAUAUAUAUAUAUAUAUGGCUUGAUAUUUCAUUUUUGUAAAAUAUUUUUUGUGUGUGAGACAGUAAUUCUUAACAGGAGGUAAACUGGCUUUUAAUUUUUUUUAACCCUUUUUGUACAGGUUUAUAUUUAGAGUUUUUGUUUAUAAAUAUUAUUAUGCACAUACGCAUUCAUUAGUAAACACAUAUACAGUCAACGAAGUUUAUUUUUCGGUUAUAAUGGAAGGAUUCCUAAGAUUUUACUAAGUCUAUUUUUUUCUACAAAGAUUCUUUAAUAUGUAUUCUUUCUAGAUCGAUCAGAAAUGUAACUGUAUUGAACUAUUUUUAUUAUGUGGAAUAGCAAGCAUACAUGUUGAUUGUGCCUAUAAUUGUUUUUGAAUGCCUAAAGUAUCAGUUAUAUGUUGUAGAAGGGUGUAAGAAAUAACAAUAAAACAAUCUGAGUUUUCUAAGAUCUUUA